UGUUUUCUGUCAAUUGCGUGCUAUUAAGAAUUUAACAAUUUUUGAGAGAAAACAAAAAUAAAUGGCUAGUUUUUCACCAAAUCAAAUGCGACAAUGCGCACGCAUAACAAGCACUGCAUGCACGCCGGAAAAGGAGCAGAAGCUGCGAGAACAAAUUCACAGCGAGCUGGCAAAAAUAAAAUACUGCAGCAAUCCCACAUACGAGUGUAGCUUGAUGCGCAUUGAUGGCUAUGAGUAUUGUAUACGGCACAUUUUGCGCGAUCCACGCGCCAACUACCGCCAGUGCACACAUGUCUACCCAAAUGGCAGAAAAUGCAUCAAUGCUGUGCCCAAGCUUGAUACUAAAAAGGAACAAAUAUUGACUACGCUCUGCUUUGAGCACAACCGUCAGACACAGUUGCAAAAGACACACUUAUCAGUGGGUCGCUUACGUAGUCGUGUGGAAACCAAUGAAACACUUUUGAGUAGCCUAACACAUCAUGUCAAUAUAGAAGAUAUUAAACAAGAGUUGCCCAAACAGGAGCAUGACGAUGAUGAGAUUGAUGUAGUGUCUCCACACGUAACACCAUUCGUUAAUCAGGAUCAUACCAAUCCAAUUGAGCAUGUUGUUGCCAGCGUACGCAAACGACGUCGAAAUCUGGAUUAUGCGUCAGACAGCUCAAGCAAUGCCGAUGAACCGCCGUGCUUGAAGAAUACCGCACGUGACUUGGAAUUCUUUGAAUCAGACUAUGAAAGUGUCGAUUCUGAAGAAGAUGAUCCUCUCAAGCAUGCAGGCGUCUACACACGGGCAGAGGCAGUGCGCCUUUCUGAGCAGAAACUAAUCAAACUACAGGGCUUAUACCGCGAUCAAUUAGUGCAUUUGCAACACGUAUUCAAACAGAGACGACGCAGCUAUAUGCAUGACAUACGCCGCGAGCGUGAGACAUACUGUAGCAUACAUGAUCAACUCAAAGAAACGCCACAUGAACGCAAACUGUAUGAACAGCUCAAGGCAUUAAAUGGCUACCAUCGUAGACAAGGCAUGGAGGCGGUGCUCUACAAGAAAAUGAAGGAGAAACGGACACGUGACAUUGUUCUCCCAACAAAAUCUUCUAGUCAGCCCAAGUGUGUGUUCACUGAGGGUGGCGUCAAGUGCGGUGAGCGCACAUUGCCUUGUUGUAAGCACUGCCGCAAGCAUAUACUUGAGGAUAAACGUCAGGUGUUGUAUCGCGCUUGUGGCGUUGAACGCAGCGGGGUUGUGUGCCAAGAGCCAGUGGCUAACAUACUCGAGGACUCGACUUGUGUGCUCCAUCUGGGUGUGGCGCCGGCAAAGCGCCAAUAUAUACAAAAGUUGUAUGAAGUACCGAACACAUCGUUGAUCGAAAGUAUUUUUACGGCAGGCGGCAGUGAGUGUAGUAUGGUGGUCAAUGAUGGUGAGCGCAUUGAUGAUUCCAUUGAGAGUGGGGAUAAUCAAAGUGAUCUAUUGGAUUUGGCUGAAGGUAUUUUUGAUUUUGAUCAAGAUACAGCUGAAGAUCUCGCCAAAUCAAUCGAUCAGAAUUAUGCCAUGUUACUUGAUAUGGACUGUAGUGAAUUGGGGCUGGGGCUUGAAGAUCCUUACAUUACCGAUCGUAACAUAAAAUUCGAAAAUCAAGAACAUGCGAAUAAUCAAGAUGAAGCUAUUCAAAUCCCGUUUAACUCUAAUGAAAACUCAAUUCCAAUUGCAUUUCAAAACGAAACGACAUUUCAAUUUGAUCAAGAUGAGGGUGAUAUGUUGAAUAUUCUUGAUGGUAUCGAACAGUUGCCCUGGUUUAAUGCACUCUUAAACUAACUGCAUGUAAAUUCCAUAAACUAAAUGCGAAUCUGAAACAGAAGAUGAGGAAUCAGCCACUAUAACCGUCAAGAAGGAAAUAAAAACAGAAGCUCUGGAGACAAGCAAUGAAA